AUGUGGCAACCCAACGCCGAGGAUCAUUAUCUCCAGAUCAUAUUGCCGACUCGAUUGAACACGACAGAAUCGUGCAAGACUCUGCUGACCGGAGCCGUCCUCAACUACCCUUCUCCAUGGGUGGUCAACUGGCAGGAAAAGCAUGAGUGGCAGGGCAAUGCGGUUGACCCAACCCUAGCCAAACUCGAGAGCAUCUUCAAUCUGCUGAAGAAUAAAAGCCCCAAGCACGAGAACGAUACUGCGGUCGUUCUUGCGAAUCCGAAUACUUGGUUCCAGCUCCGACCAGAGGUGCUAAUCAGUCGAUACUGGGAUCUGCAACACGAACAAGCACAGUCUCUGAAGAAGAAGUUUGAUGAGACCACCCUUCGAAUGGGAGGUAUCGAGCCUAAGGUCCUAAUCACUGCUCAAAAUGCCUGUCAAUCGAUGCACUCCGAAGGCUCAGGCUGCAUCGCAUUUCAAGCACCGAACAAGUCACCUCGCUACAUCAGUCACUUCCUAUUGAUUGGCAAACUCUCCGAUCUCAGGAUAGUCUACCAUCAUGCAGUCGCUCGCGCCAGAGCCGCUCUCGCUGCCAACGAAGCUAUAGACGAACACAGCAUUUUCGCCCAUCUCUACAGCCAGCAAGAGUCGCACAGAAAAUCGCUUCCCAAACGCGCAGCGAUAGAGCAAGAGCUACAUCACGAUCACGAAACCUAUCGAAAAGACUUUGGUCUCUACGCAGAGUUCUCCGGCUCCUUAUCAUACACAGCGAGCUCGAAUUCCCUCUCAGACGAGGCAAUAUGGGUCCACCACGACCCUCUCAAAGGCGCCUCCAAGAAGUCUUUACCCAAAGACAUCUCCACUUCGCCUCCACCAUUCUGGACCAUCUUCGGCUCCAACCCCAAAUGGUCCUCUCGGCCCUGGACAUCAGUUCCCUUCCUGAUGAACAAAUCCGCCAAAAAAAUCCCUGUCCUCAUCCAACGCGCCGAGGACGCUGCGCCUUCUUUCGCGAGCAUAUGGUAUGAGAAGCUAUGGUUCCAUCCUCACGGACGAGAAUUAUUGGAUCAUUAUGCGUUCACUUCCUAUAUUCCUUCUGCGAUCUUGAAGGAUAAGUGGAGAGGGGAUCAGGAGAUUCGAUUUUGGCCUCCGGUUUUUUCGAAGCCGGGUUUCACGACGGAUGAUAAUAAGUUUCAGAGGUGGGCUAAUAAGAAGGGUGAGGGCAUUUGUGGGAAGGAUGUUGCGGAUCCUGAGCAGAUUUUUCUUGAUGGGAGCGGUGCGUGGUUGGAUCCUAGGCCGUGA